AUGACGUCGGGAACAGAGAUUCCUACAAAGACUGAAUACGAGCAGUUGGUUGAGCAGAAUGACAAUGGGCAAAUCUUGAACGAAACUGACACAAAAGAGCUCUCAAAGGCAGUCGCAAAACUGGGCUGGCUGACUUCUCGAACAAGGCCAGAUCUCUGUUAUGUGGUUGCUGUGCUGAGGAUUUCUUCUACGUACGCAACAACUGUAUCCCAGAAGCUUACAAAGCACGUAUUGCGGUAUUUAAAGGGAAACGCAAGCUUUGGACUCGUGUUUGAUGCAAAUGACAUGACGGGAUUGGUCGGUUCAAAUUUUGCGUUGACGCAUCACACGCAAAUGCGCAAAUCUGUAGAAGAUUUCAUCUUCUUCUACAAUGGAACACACAUCAUUUGGAAGUCGAGACUGCAAGAUAUCGUCCCCCUCCUCGAUGUGCGCCGAGUACGUGGCGCUCGGUGCGGUAACGAGACAAGCUCUGCAUUUAGAUCUUCUGUUGAGGCCGAUUUAACUACGAGAUGA